AUGGCCGAGGAUGAGAAACGAGUAGCAACAGAGGCGACAGAGGCCGCUGAAGAUGCAUCACGGCGUCCGUCUGCUACACUCACCGAGAAAUCCGAACAAACUUCGGAACCAUUCUCAUAUGACGAAGAUGACACCUUUGCCCGUCGAGGCGAGCAACCGCGCACGCCUACCGCCAUCGAGCACGACCUCAAUGUUACGGAAGAUGACCUUCUCGAGGCCAAGGAGCUCGCCUCCCAGUACACGCUGGAAGAAGUUCGCGACAUUAUGAUCAGGGUACGGCGAAUUCACGAAAAGGAUCCCAAUUUCCCCACCACGGUCAUCGAAAAGAUCAAGACGUUUCUUGACAACGAGACUGUCUUUGAAAACCCCGACCAACACCAACAUCUCAUCCAAGAGAUGAAGCUCGAGGCCGCUCUUGUGACCAGCAACAGCCCCUACUCCGAAGUUCGUGCGGUAGUUAGCAAUAAGGACGAUCCAAAAACGCCAUGCUCGACCAUCCGCAGUUGGACCAUCGGCCUUUUGUUUUCCGUUUUGCUUGCUUUCAUCAACCAGCUUUUUGACAUCCGCCAGCCUGCCAUUCGUGUCAUGGCAAACGUUGCCCAGCUACUAGCUUAUCCCAUUGGCAAAGCUGCCGAGUCCUGGCUUCCUGAUAAAGGUUUUACAUUAUUUGGAGUUAGACACAGCCUCAAUCCGGGCCCUUUUUCGAAGAAGGAGCACAUGCUUAUCACCAUCAUGGCGAAUGUAGCCUACAACACGCCAUACACAAACUAUAUCAUUUGGGUACAGUAUCUUCCGCAGUACUUUGACCAACCAUAUGCGUCGCAUUUUGCAUACCAGCUACUGAUUGCUCUCGCCACCAACUUUAUUGGUUACGGCAUUGCGGGCAUUUGCCGGAGAUUUCUCGUCUAUCCGUCUUACUGCGUCUGGCCGGCGUCGCUGGUUACCAUUGCUCUCAAUUCGGCGUUCCACACUGAAAUGAACCCGCCUGUUGGCGGUCCAUUCCGCUCGAUUUGGAGAAUUUCACGCAUCAAGUUCUUCUACCUCAUGUUCGCGGCCAUGUUUGUGUGGUUCUGGUUCCCCAACUACAUCUGGGUCAGCUUGUCCAAGUUUAACUGGAUCAGUUGGAUAGCCCCCGGCCAUCGAGACCUAAACAUCAUCACCGGCAUCAACAACGGUCUCGGACUCAACCCUUUUCCUACAUGGGACUGGAACGUACUUUUGUGGGACUCGGCUGAUCCCCUCAUGGUCCCUUUCUUCAGUACCGUGAAUCGUUUCAUUGGCGUAUUCGCUUCCUUCUGGGUGGUAUUGAUCUUCUGGUACAAGAACGUGUACAACACAGGCUACCUCCCCAUCAACACCAACAGAGUCUACGACCGUUUUGCUCAACUGUACAAUAUAACGAAAGCAACCGACGACCACGGACUGUUCAACGCUGAGAAAUACGCCUCAUACUCACCUCCUUAUUUGGGGGCUGGCAAUGUAGUCAUUUAUAUGUUCUUUUUCGCCAUUUACACUUCGACACUUACCUACGCCGCGUUGUAUCACUGGCAUGAAAUUGCCAUGGGAUUCAAGGCCCUGUUUUACAACAUUUGGCCCAAGAAGAAGCCCGUCAAGGAGGAGCGGGUGUUGGACGUGCACAACAGAUUGAUGCGAGCCUAUCCAGAGGUGCCCGAGUGGUGGUAUAUGCUUUGCCUUGCCAUUGCUAUUGCCUUCGGAAUUUCAGGCAUCGUCGGAUGGGAUACUCAUACCUCUCCUGGCGUUGUGUUCUGGGGUUUGGGUCUUUGCGUUGUAUUUGUGAUCCCUGUUGGUAUCAUCAAGGCUAUGACGGGCAUUGAGGUGACCCUCAACGUUUUGGCCGAGUUUGUCGGUGGUUCUUGGGUUGACGGCAACGCCCUUGCCAUGAACUACUUCAAAUCAUUCGGAUAUGUCACCUGCGCGCACGCCAUUUGGUUCUGCAAUGACUUGAAGCUUGCGCACUAUGUCAAAAUACCGCCUCGUCAGACCUUCGUUGCUCAGAUGGUUGCCACAUUCCUCAGCACCAUUGUUUGCAUUGGUGUUUUGAACUUUCAGAUGAGCAGCAUCAACGGCGUGUGCACACCAGGCGCCCAGUACAAACUCACCUGCCCUGGUGUCAACACCUUUUUCACCGCCUCGGUCCUCUGGGGAACCGUCGGUCCUGAAAAGAUUUUCGGGCAUCGUGGCCAAUACAGCCAGACUUUGAUCGGCUUCCCACUUGGCGUUGUUGUCGUGGUUUUGAUCUGGGCUCUCGGCAAGAAGUUUCCCAAGUGGACUUGGAUUCGACAACUUCACCCAGUCGUUAUUCUCUACGGAGGUAUUGUCUGGGCACCAUACAACAUGUCAUAUGUGUGGCCAUCCGUGCCCAUUGCCUACUUUUCAUGGAUCUAUCUUAAGACCAGGUUCCUUGGUCUUUGGUCCAAGUACAACUUUGUUCUCUCAGCAGCAUGGUCAUGUGGCAUCGCCAUCUCGGGCAUCAUCAUCUUCUUCAGCUUACAAUACACUGAAACCGACUUCAAAUGGUGGGGCAACAAUGUUUCCCAAAUGGGAUGCGAAGGCAGCGCCUGUGCCCUCAAGAACCUCGCUCCCAAUGGUUAUUUCGGCCCCGGAGUCGGCGAGUUCAGCUGA